AUGGCUGAACAAAAAUCUACUGCAAAUGAGAAAUUCGAAACCCGACCGGAGCCACCGCUGCCCCCACCACUAGGGAAACAAGAGGAAGAAAAACACGAAGUAAAAGAAGAGAAAGGCGCAGAUAAGAAGGAGAUGAAGCCAUGGGAACAGCAUUCGGCUGUGAUAAACAUCCCUCGAUUUGAUUACAAUGCUCCGUCUGCUCUUCUCCAACAUUCACAUUCUGGAUUCCUCAUUACCUGCCCAAUAAAGAGGGAGAAAAGUGCCACAAAAGAAGUCAUGUCUAUCUUUGAAAAGUAUCUUGGAUCCCAUGAUAGCUACUCCGAGAGUAUGGAAAAGUUAGAUGUAGAUGCUGCUGCUAAGAGAAGAAAAACAUUUAUGGGAGCCAUAAAAGGGGAAAGCUUGAGUAGUUUGGAGAGUACACAUGAUGAUGAUAGGUGUGGAGAUUCUGGUAAACUUCAAGAAAGUUCUGCUUCCCCUGUAGACUCAGAUAUAUCUGUAGGUAAAGUUGAGGAUCUUUCUCUGGUCAAGUUGACACGAAGUGGUUUACUUCUCUUUACAUUUCGUAGAAAUAUAUCUCCUCCUGUUGUGGAUAUUGUUGCCAACAUCAUUCAGUCUCUAGAAUCUGGAAGUUCAAAGUCACCACUUUGGUGUCAUCGUAUCUUCCCAAUACAAGCCACUUGUAGUUUAGAUGAGAAUGAAAUUCGUAGUACUGUGUUGAAGCUUGUCAAUCAGUUUGUAACAGAUAAAAAGAAUGAACUUGCACAACCUUUGAAGUUUGCAGUUGGGUAUAACAGGAGAGGGAUUGAGGAGACAAAGAUGAUACAAACUACAAAAACAGAUUCUUCAAUUUCCGGUGCAUUAUCUAUGUUAGACCGCAACAAGUGCUUUACCGUUGUGGCCGCAGCAGUUAAAGAUGCUGUUCCAGAUUCCAUUGUGGAACUGAAAUGCCCUGAGUUUGCCGUGCUUCUUGAGGUAUUGCCACUUUCCGGGAUCCCUGGCAACUCUGUAGUGGUAUCUGUAUCUGUUCUUCCCCGAGCCCUAGUUAACACAAAACCCCGGCUCAGCAUCAGGGCAUUGGUAUCAGAUUCCAAGCAAAAGAAUGGGAAGUGA